AUGGAGCACAGGGAAGGCACGACAAAGGUGUGUUCGGGGGCGCAAACGAAGAAGGUGCACAAUGCCGACCUGUUUUCAGCCCUGCAGGAAACCAAGAUCAAGGCGACGAGCCGGGAUUCGUUGCGACUGUACUCGUCGCUGAUGACGUCCGUUCUGGCCAUGUCCCACUUCCAGGACAUGUUCCACAGCGGCAUGACAGGAUCCAAGGUGUCGAUCAUCUUUUCGCUCCACACGGUCGGUGCCAUGGUGAUGUCGCCGGGCGCUGCGAUCUUGUCGGACCGCUUCGGUCGGCGCGUUGCCAUGUUCUGCGGCGAAUGGGUCAUCAUCAUAGGCAUGGUGGUCGCGGCAACGUCUGGGCAGCUGGAGGUGCUGAUGAUCUCCGUCUUCGGCCAGUUCUCCGGCAACGGGCUCGGCUACUUCAACACGGUCAUCUUUGCCAACCUAGGCGUGACCGCCGUGGCCCAGCAGCUUGGCUACAACCUGCUCAACGCCGUGCUGUCAGCCCUGGGCGCCGUGGCCACUGUGGCCGUGACGGAUCGGACGCCACGUCGCCGCGUCCUCGUUGUCGGCACGCUCGUCUGUGCUGCCGCCCUGGCCCGCAAUGCCGGCCUGUCGGCCGUCUUGGCUCACCAACCCCAGAACAUCGCCCCGUCUUACGCCCGCGCUGCCCUCGCCAGGUACCUCCUCUUCAACAUCGUCUCUUCCUUCACGUACACGCCGCUCCAGGCCGUCAUCCCGGCCGAGGCCCUCGAGACGACCACGCGCGCCAAUGGCCUCGCCCUCUCCAACGUGCUCGUCAAUGCCGUCGGCUUCAUCAACCAGUUCUGCGGACCCAUCACCCUCGGCAACAUCGGCUACCGCUACAUCUACAUCUUUGUUGGCUGGGACCUGGUCGAGGCCCUGCUGUGGUAUCUGUUCGGCGUCGAGUCUCUCGGCCGCACCCUCGAACAGCUCGCCUGGGUAUACGAACAGCCCAAUCCUGUCAAGGCCUCGCUGCGUGUCGAUAAUGUCGCCGUCCAGGACAACGGCAAGGUCACUGAAACUGCGGUGUUUCCUACGGCCGAAAAGAGAUGA